CGCCUCACCCACCCUCCUGCGGCGCCGGCGCCCUUCGCUCCAGUCUCCGCCGUCUUUCCCCCGCGGCGACCGCUGGGCGCAUGCGCCUUGACUGAUGGGCUGGGUAGACAUGGAGAACUGCUUGGCGGCCGCGGCGCUGAACGGAGUGGACCGGCGUUCCCUGCAGCGCUCGGCGAGGCUGGGUCAAGAAGUGCUGGAGCGGGCUAAGAGGAGGGCGGUGGACUGGCAUUCCCUGGAGCGUCCCAAAGGCAGCCUGGGGGUUAUUUCCCAGGAGAGGCCCUGCCGAGAAAGAUGGCCCGCAGCCGGCCCCCAGCGCCUUCUCCCAGGAGAGAGAGAAGAAAGGCGCCCAACCCUCAGUGCCUCCUUCAGAACAAUGGCUGAAUUCAUGGACUAUACUUCAAGUCAGUGUGGGAAAUAUUAUUCAUCUGUGCCAGAGGAAGGAGGGGCAACCCACGUCUAUCGGUAUCACAGAGGGAAGUCGCAACUGUACUUGUACUCAGGCCUAGGGGAUGGUCAGAGAAAGGCAACUUCCCUUGAUUUUGGAGACAUCUCUCAAGCCCCAGAGUGUGCUCGAGAGGCAUCCCAGCCUGCUGACAACACUUCUAAGGACCUCUACAUAGAAGUAUAUCCAGGGACCUAUUCUGUCACUGUGGGUGCAAAUGACUUAACCAAGAAGACUCAAGUGGUGGCAGUUGAUUCAGGGCAAAGUGUGGACUUGGUUUUCCCCAUAUGAUGUUGGCCAUCACGUUACCUUUUUUUAAGUAGCAAGGAGAAUAAAGCCACCAUAUGAUUCUCUUAGUAUUUAUACAUCCAUCCUGCUUUUGGGGCCGACUGUAAAGGGCCAGCCUUACUGGGAACUGGAGCUUGUCUCUUUCAGUGCCUAUCUCAAAGUGUAGAAGUCUUCUCACCCUAUUUUGCCUGAAAGUAAUAAUGAUGCUGUAUGAAUAGUUUUUACUGCUUGCUUUCCAAGUACAAGUUAAUUAUAAUAAUAAAAAGAAGACUCGAUUUGGAAAUAAAGAGAAUACCUUUUUAUUGGUAUUAAGAGCAACAAAAUGUCAUUCAUGUACAACUGUAGGCUUUAUGAAAAGAUGGCAUAGAGGCUGCAGACACAU